AUGGCGACCACUUUGGAGAAUGCCAACCCCACCGUUUUUCAACAAAAACAAGAGCGGCUGGUACUUCCAGAAGAAGAGGAUGAAGAUGUUGUUGAUAAGAUAGACGAAAGAGAAGUAUUUGAUAUCCUUUUUAAGCCGCUGCUUAUGCAGUUCGGCUAAAGUAUCUCCUUAUUUUGUUCAGGCUUUCUCAUAAUGUUAAUGUGGUUUAGCGCGACCAGGUAAGAGAGAAUGUAUGGAAGCUGCUAAAAUUGGGCCUGAUCUCACUAGGCAUUCUCAGGCUUAAAGACCGUCAACAGGGCUGUCAACCCCACAAGUCUUCAAAUAUUGAGAAUUAAUAGGGAAGGGAUGACGUCAUAUCGCACGGUAUAUGACGUCAUUUGUGCAAAAAUUACUCGUUUACCCGAUCGUCGCGAAUUUGUGAUGUUUCACAUUAUGGUGUACAUUGCAAUGGCGUAAUAUAUAAUACCGAAGUUUAUGACGAAACGUUCGAUGUUAACGGUAAAAUAGCUCAAACAGUGCAAAACAUUUAAAAGCUUAUUGUCGGAAAGUGGAGUCUAUAACUGAAUGGCAAACUUUGGUGAAUAUCCGGGAGAUUUCAUACUCCAAUCUGGAGACCGGGAGAUACAGUCCAAAAUCUGGAGACUCCCUGAUUAUCUGUGAGAGUUGACAGCACUGUGUCAAAUACACAUUUUAAAUGCACUCUUCAGGCUUUAUGGGCCCGGGUGGCGGGGGGAGUACUCCCUUUACAUAGGCCAUACAGGUAUGAGCUGCCCCAAAGGGUAGCGUUUUUGUGCCGUUUUGGUCUGAAAAUAGGUAUAGACUUUGCCCAGUUUGGUCUGGAAUCGGGUAUGAACAUUCCAAAUGAGUAAGAAAGAAAGACAAAUAAGUAAAUUUGGAAUAGAUUUUAAGAAAUAUCUUUUUUGUUGCUGUUGUAAUCUAAGUAGUGAUGACAUUUUUCUAAGAGGCCAGGACCCAGUUUUUCAAAAGGUAGAUAGCACUAUCUACUGCAUAAAAUAUCUCUAUCCACUGGAUAGCGCAAUUGGUUUCCCUAAUACUUAUCCAGUGAAUAGUGAUUUAUCUGGUGGAUUGCGUUAUCCAGCUUUUCAGCAGCUGUGGCUAGGUCUGAAAAUGGGUAUGGAUUUUAAAGGCCAGCUCUGAAAAGGGGUGUGAAAAAUGACAUUUUGUGGUCUGAAAUAGGGUCAGGAUUUGGAGAACUGGGUAGCAAACUCCCGUCAAGAAUUCCCAGGAGUACCCCCCUGGGCAAUCCCCCAGGCAUUUGACUUUUUUGAAAAAUUUUGGUCAAAUUCGGUAUGGUAGCAGUUUAGAUGGUCAAAUGCCCCACCGGCCAGUGCUUCAAAAAGCGUCAAAUGCCCCACCCACCAGGUAUUAAAGUGACUAUUUAAAAUUUUCCCAUGCAUCAAACCAAUCAUUCAAAUGUAAGUAUUCUACCAAACACAACCGAAAUAUCGGGUAGGGGGUGGGCUGGUGGAAUUGACUGGUACGUAAGCGUAAAUAAACUCUAGGGUGUAGGUUUUUCCUUGACCGGUUUACAUCUCAUUCGUUCCAUCAAUGACCCAGAACACCCUCUUACACUUGAACAGUUAAACGUUGUUGAACAGUCAUUAGUGAAAGUGGAUGACGACAAUGAUUAUGUCAAAAUACAGUUCACGCCUACAAUACCACAUUGCAGCAUGGCAACACUCAUUGGAUUAGCCAUUCGAGUACAACUUCUCAGAUCACUGCCUGACAGGUUCAAGGCA